UUCAGUUUCCAUUCCAAGCAUAAGUUCCUCCAGGCUGCCAGGUUCUCUUCCUUUUCCUUCUUAUCGAGACUUGCGCACAUUGCAUCAUUCCAUCAAUCACCACAUUUGAUGAUAUGGCAGCUCAACAAACCAUCACAGUUCCCCACUUGGGUGGCAUUGAAGUCGGCUAUGCCCUCUCCAACCACAACACCUAUGACCCCUCCAAGCCGACCUGCGUGCUCAUCAACUCGAUGUGCAUGACCGUGUCGCUCUACCGCCCGCAGUUCGAGGAUGUCGAGUUGACCAACACGACCAACCUGCUGGCCAUCGAGCCCCUUGGCCAUGGCGCCACCCGCUGUCUGGCGCCCGCCGCCGAGCACUUUACCUACUGGGACUCGGCCAUCAUGGCCCUUCAGGUGAUGGAGAAGUUGGGGAUCCCACAGGCAUUCGCUCUGGGUACCAGCCAGGGGGGAUGGGUUGUAGCACGCAUGGCUCUGUUGGCACCAGACAGGAUUCUUGGCAUUUUGCCUCUGGGUACUUCGAUGGAUUACGAGUCGGCCGACUCUCGCACCAAGGACUGCUGGGACCCUGUCACCUUGCUGACCCCGUUCCUGGAGAAAUGGUCGAGCGAGACUCCCACCCCGGAUUUUGUGGUCGACGACGUCUGGUGCGGGAUGGUUGCCGGGAUCGGCUUCGGGGCGUCGGGAACCCCCGAGACGACCGAUUUCUGGGUGCAGACGCUCAAGCAGGUCUACACUGGGGAGGAAGGUCGCAAGAAGGUCCGCAUGGCAUUGAUGUGCCUGUUGACCCGGGAUGGAUUGCUUCUGCGGUUGAAAGAUGUGCGGUGCCCGGUGUAUUGGCUACAGGGGACGGAGGAUUUCCCUUUCAAGACCACGGUCCCUGCAGAGCAGAUUCAAAGGUUCUCCGCUAGUAAGGAGGCGAGAUUGCAGAUGGUGGAGGGGGGCGCGCAUUAUCUGAACGCCACGCAUCCGCGGGAGGUUAAUGCGGCGAUCCGUGAGAUGGUCACUCGCUAUGGUGCCUGAGUGGCUGGCGGCGGGGGAAGCGAAG